GACAUUUGAAGAUAAUCCAUGAAAUUGCAUUUAUAAUUAAGUUCUGUUAUUUGGAAAAUAAAAAAAAACAAAAACCUAAAACAUUUCAUAAGUUCUUGAGAUUACUUUACCACUUGUAGGCCUUAGAUAGAUUUAGAAGCUGCAAAACCUAUGUCUCCUUUAACUAUAUAAUUAAUUUAUUUCAGAAAACAAUAAAGAAAAAAUAGAGGAUAUGCUUGAUCUUUUCAUUGCCUUUACCCCCAAGAAAGUGGCUUUAUGUGUGUCUUGAUGACCCAUCCAUGACUCAUCCAUUACUACAAAGGUCAAGUCUCAACGAUUCAGAGCUAUGUUUUAACCGUCUCUUCUCUCUUUGUCUUUCCCUUUAAAUAACCUUCCCAUUACACGGUUUCAUCAUCACCAUCACUCAUAAUCCCUCUCUUUCUCAAGAUCAAGAUUCAAGAUUCAAGAUCAAGAUCACCACUCAAUCCUCCAAGAUGACAAUGAGCACAGUCCACCAACAAGUUCUUGCACUUCCAGCAGCCAAGACUGCUCCAUCAGGCUACUUGUCUGACCUAGCUUCCAUCAACAAGCUCCAUAUCCCAACAUCUUCCAAACAAAUCAAGGGAAAAUCUGUUCUGAGAAAGAAGAAAACCGAGAGCUUCACAAAUGGAAAUAGAGACCAGAGCAAGUUAGGUCCCAAGCUGACUGAAACAGUCAAGAGAAAACUAUCCUUGGGAGCUAAGAUCAUUCAAAUGGGAGGCUUAGAGAAGAUUUAUAAACGUCUCUUCAGAGUCCACGAAGAAGAGAAACUCUUGAAGGCGUACCAAUGUUACCUAUCCACAACCGCAGGUCCCAUAGCAGGCUUACUCUUCAUCUCAUCAAAGAAGAUUGCUUUCUGCAGCGAGAGAUCUAUCAAAGUGGCUUCUCCUCAGGGAGAUCUAACCAGGGUUCACUACAAAGUGUCAAUACCAUUGUGCAAGAUCAAUGGAGUGAACCAGAGUGUGGACACGAAGAAGCCAUCUCAGAAGUACCUAGAAGUAGUCACUGCGGAUGGCUUUGAGUUCUGGUUCAUGGGUUUCUUGAGCUACAAGAAAGCUUUCAUCUGUCUCGAGCAAGCGCUUUCUCUGAGCAUGGAGCUAUAACAAGGCUAUGGCUGAAGAGGAAACAUUUCAUUUUUAAUGAGGAGAUAGCCUAGAAAAGUUAGACAAUAUUGUACAAACUAAAUUUUUUUAUAGCUUUAACCCUUUGGUUAUCCA